AUGAAAGGGAAGGAUGGCAAGGAUAUGAAACACUUCACUACUGAGAGGCAAAGGAGAGAAAACUUGAAUGACAAGUACAAGGCCUUGAGAAAUUUGCUUCCCAACCCCACCAAGCAUACCAAGAAUGAAAGAGCAUCAAUAGUGGGAGAUGCUAUAGAAUAUAUCAAAGAGCUUCUUAGAACAGCUAAUGAACUUAAGAUUCUGGUGGACAAGCGACGUGCAGCAGAGAGGAUCAAGAGGCACAAAACAAAAGAUGAUGUAGGGGAUGGAAAGAGUAUUAGCAUGACACCUCUUGGUGAUCAAGACCAGGCCUACAAUGGAUCAUCAUUAAGGAGUUCAUGGCUUCAGAGGAAGUCCAAGAAUACCGAGGUUGAUGUCCGUAUCAUUGAUGAUGAAGUGAACAUCACACUCGUUCCGCAGAAGAGGAUCAAUUGCUUGCUGUUUGUGUCAAAGGUCCUCGAUGAACUUCAGCUGGAUCUCCACCAUCUUGCUGUUUGUUUAAGGGACAGUUGUUACAAAAAUAUUUUAUUAGCUAUAGAUCUAAUUGCAACAGAAACACAAUGGAAUCAAUCAAUGAAAUGGUCUUUGAAAUGA